AGUGACAAGUGAAAACAAUAAAAGGUAAAAGCCGCGGCUCGCACAAGCCACAUACCUCCCUGGCUCCACCUUUCCCGUCACCUGAAAAUGAACUAACACGCCGUGGAAGGGUGACCAAGUUGGCCAAGUGGCCAAGUGACCAACGCCACUCGUACAGCCAAAAGAAUGGUAAAUUCAGACAAGAAAUUAAAGAGGUUGAAAUUUGGCAGUUGACCAAAACACAAGGAAAAGAAAUGACCAUCUGUACGAAUGGUUGUGUGCCAUAAAUGGAGAAUAGCGCCGUGUUUUUGGAAAAACGUCUGAUGCAGCGCGGUCGCGCGGUGGUUCCCCAUAACCAGUGCCAUCCGAGAUCCGAGGCAUCAGCGAGUACCUACUCUCUCCGCUCCUCAGCUCGGUUAUCCCCAGGCGCCGCGACAGCGGCGCCGGCGGCGUUGGCGGUGUGCGCUCUGCGCCCGACGUAAGAGAAGGGCAGCUGUGGGGGUCCCACUCAAGGUUCCGCGCUAUCUGCCUCGGUCCCGAGCAUCUUCGGUGAGCUUUUUCCUGUCGUCUUACCGUGCCUACUUCACUACAAGAAGAGAUACGCUCAGCGCAGAUGACGAUAACGCUCGUGUAUAUCGGCAGCCCGGUGGAAUAGAAGACGCGAUGGGUUCGACGAAAGUGAAUAGUCGAUCGAGCCACGUCUGAGCGCGCUGCUGCUCGUCGACGUGGUCUGUCAUGCCGUCGUGUGCUCAACUGUUGCGGCUCAGCCUCACCGCCGUGAGCCUGGUCCAAGUGUUGUGCGACCGAGCGCCCGCCAACGUUUCGUCGGGAGCUUCUCCGCGGGUGUGGCAGUCCUUCGGCUCAACGUCCGACGAUGCUCGAUGCACGUCCGCCACCAGCUACCAGACGUGGAUCCUCUCCAUUGCCGCUGCUUGCGUCGUGGGACUUAGCGGAAUCUUCCCGCUUGUGCUGGUUCCCGUGGACGCUGGACUCAACUGGAAACAGAAUCGAAAAGGCAGCCGGACACUCAAGCUCCUGCUCAGUUUUGCUGUCGGGGGCUUGCUGGGCGACGUCUUCCUACACCUGCUGCCCGAAGCAUGGGGACGACUACAGAAAGAGUCCGAAGACCCUGCCAGGGCCCACCUGACACUGGGACUCUGGGUGCUGCUCGGAGUGUUCACAUUCGUCAUCCUAGAGCUCAUGUUCUCGGCCACGACCUCACAAGAUGAGCAAGAUGUCUGCCGGUCAGACGUAAACCAAAAUGGCGUCUCCAAAGGAGACUCUGCCUCCCAUUCUGGGAGCCUGAGGACCAUCCACGUUACGGGCUACCUCAACCUUCUAGCCAACAGCAUUGACAACUUCACCCAUGGCCUUGCUGUGGCAGCAAGCUUUCUAAUAGGCAUUAAGAUGGGGAUGGUCACCACGCUAGCCAUACUCAUCCACGAGAUUCCCCACGAAGUGGGCGACUUUGCAAUACUCCUGAAAUCCGGCUUCAGCCGGUGGGAUGCAGCUAAAGCUCAGGUGUCCACGGCCGUAGUUGGGGUGGCCGGGGCUGUGGCUGCGCUCACUGCGGACUCCUUGGAAGCGGUUGACACAAACACAUCUUGGAUCCUGCCGUUCACGUCUGGAGGUUUCCUCAACAUAGCGCUGGUCAGUGUCUUACCAGACCUCCUGAAGGAAGAGGAUGCCUGGGAGUCGAGCAAGCAGCUUGCGUGUGUCUGCUCUGGGAUUGCCGUGAUGGCGGCCAUACAAGCCUUUCUCGAAUAGAAACCUCUCCUAUCAUCACACAGGGUGCCCAAGCUAGUCACCGAGCCAGUCAUAGAGUCACUCACUUCUCGGAAGUACAGAGUUUAUUUUUUUUCAUGACCAAAGUCACAUAAAUAUGCUGUACAAUACUGC